AUGGAGAAGAAUCGUAGGAAGAAGGAUGACGCUGGUGUGAUGACAAAAACGUUAGCGGGGGUUGCCGCUUUGACAUUUCUCGUAUCCUUCAUUUGCUCGUCGUACGACAUCACAUUCAGUCAUGUCAUCUCGACGAUCGAUGUAAUUCUAGAAGAAUCUGAGUACUACAGGUCCACAAAAGAGUGGAUGGCAAGCUCAAUAGAUGCCACGUGGCAUGAAGUUUCUAUACCAUCCAGAAAAGCCGAACAUCUUCAGGCUAUCAAUCCAGAAGUAGAUGUGGCUGCUGGCGGUAAGCACGUUUUCACACCAGAACAACUCCAUUUUUUUGAUGGAUCUCGCGACUCAAAACCAUGCUAUCUUGCGAUUCUUGGACGAGUAUAUGAUGUUGACGGCAAGAAGGAAUAUUACGGACCUGGAAAAUCUUAUCAUCACUUUGCCGGACGUGACGCCACACGAGCUUUCACAACGGGAGAUUUCACAGAAAAUGGAUUAGUGGCCAGCACACAUGGUUUAUCUCAUGAUGAGCUUUUAUCAAUCCGUGACUGGGUUUCAUUCUACGACAAAGAAUAUCCAUUGGUUGGAGUGGUUGCUGAUUUGUAUUACGAUUCCGACGGUCAACCAACCGCUGAACUCACUGACGUUCUUGCCAGAGUAGAGAAAGCGAACGAGUAUCGAAAAGCUCAAGCUGUAGAAAUUGAAGUAUUCCCGCCGUGUAACAGCGAGUAUAAUCAAAACGGAGGAAGGGUUUGGUGCUCGACAAAAAGUGGCGGGGUCGAGAGACAAUGGGCUGGGGUGCCAAGAAAACUCAUCGAGCAAACGACGAAAAAGUUCCGAUGUGCUUGUGUUAAAAACUUUGGACCAGGUGUAUCUGGAGCUGAAGAAGUGAAGACGUCCAGUAAUCGUGGAGAUCUCGACCAUCCAGAUCUCGAACUCUUUCCAGACUGCUCGCCAACAUCUAAUAGUUGCAAAAUUGUGUCCUAA